ACGAUAAGAGGAAAAUGUGCUUCAUGUAAUCUAAUGAUAAAUAUAUUUAUAACAUAAAGUUUGAAGGAUUUUAUUCUCACUUUCUGUUUAUCUGCAAUCAUGUAUGUUGUUGCCUUGAUAGCCGUUAUCUGUGCUCUGUGGUUAUUAUAUAGAAAGAAAUGGUUUUCUUUUUUCAAGGAUUUGAACAUUCCUGGACCAGAACCAAAUUUAUUGUUCGGAAACAUUGUGGAAAUUAUUCGCAGAAAUCCUAUACAAUCCCAUGCAGGUUGGCUUAAAAAAUAUGGAAAAGUUGUUGGAUAUUUCUAUGGGACAAAGCCAGUUAUACUGAUUGCAGAUGCCGAUCUCUUGAAGAAGAUCCAAGUUUCAGAUUUCAAUAGUUUUAUAAAUAGGCCGGACAUGUUCAGCAGCCGCAGCAGAUCUACGAAAAGAGUUGAAGGAUUUAGUCAACAUAUUAUUUCUUUGAGAGAUAAAAGAUGGAAAGAUGUUCGAUCUCUUCUUACUCCUUCCUUUACCGCAUCUAAAAUGCGACAGAUGUCUCCACUAAUGAAUGAUGCAAUUCAGUCCUUGAUGAUUAAUAUUGAUAAGAAAUGCAAAGCGGAUGAACAUUUUGAUAUUUAUAAAUUAUAUCAAGGUUUGACAAUGGAUGUUGUUGGUAGAACAGCAUUUGGAAUACAAACUGAUGUACAGAAUAAUCCGAAAGAUCCGUUCUUAAGAGCAGCUAAAGCACUUUUUUCUGGAGAUAUUAGAAAUCCUCUCAUUAUUCUAGCAGUCAGUUUCCGUAGUUUAUCAUCACUUUGGAUUAGAUUGGGAAGAUUGAGAUUAAUUUUUGUAAAUCAAGGAACGAAUCCUAUAACUGAACUUAUUGGAAAUGUGAAAGAAGUAAUUGCCACAAGAAGAAAAAAUCAACAGAAAGCCAGACCUGAUCUUCUUCAGCUUAUGUUGGAUGCUGAGGGUACUGACGGAGACUCUGUUACAGCAGAUGAUUUAACUGCAAGUGAUGAAAAAGAAGUCGAAGUCAAGGGAAACAAAGGGAAGAUAUCUAAGAAACUAAGUGAUGCGGAUGUUUUGGAUAAUUCUGUGUUGUUUUUUCUUGCAGCAUACGAAACAACAAGCACAGCCUUAGCUUUCACAACUCAUCUUUUGAUUAAACACCCAGAUGUUCAAGAAAAAGUCAGAAAAGAAGUCCUCCAACUUUUGAAAUCAGAGGGAGAAUUAGACUAUAACUCAGUUAACAUGUUACAAUACUUGGAUCAAGUUCUUAAAGAAUCACUUCGACUCUACCCACCUGUCCAUUUGUUUGUAAAUAGAGAAGUUUCUGAAAAUUGUGAAAUAAAUGGUAUUCAAUUUAAAAAAGGAGCUGCUAUACAGGUUGCAGUAUAUCAUUUACACAGAGAUCCCGAUUACUGGGAAAAUCCCACCGAAUUUCGACCUGAAAGGUUUUCUCCAGAAAACAAAGAUAAAAUCAAUCCAAUUGCUUACCAACCAUUUGGAGCUGGUCCCAGAAAUUGUAUUGGAAUGAGAUUUGCCUUGAUGGAGGCAAAACUUGCUCUCGCACAAAUAUUAUCAAAAUAUUCAUUAAAAAGAUGUUCUAAAACUGAAGAUAAUGUCACUUUAAAAAUGGGACAAUUUCAAAUAAAUCCCAAAUAUGGAAUAUGGACAAAAGCAGUUUCCUUCUGAAUAUUGAUGUAAAUUGGGAAACGAUCAAAUGAACAAUGAAGUUUCUUUGAAUUUAUACUAAAACAAGUGUUCUAAAAUAACUGUAUAGAACUAAUUAUUUUUAAAGGUUGCCCCAAAAUUCAAGCAAGAAGUAAUUUUUAUACAAGUUUUCAACUUCGUAAGUGUGGAUUAAUUGAGAUUUUUGGCUACAUUCCGUAGAUACAGCAGUCUUCUUAAAAACACGAGAAGGAUUAACAAUUCUAAAUUCAUUAAAAAAAACGAUCCAACAACGAGAACUGCAUAAUUUGCGGGGAACUCUAAAUAUGUCUUUUAUACACUGAUGGUUUACUUUAUUCGGCAGUUAUGUUUCGAAACAUAUAAAAGCCUCAUUCAAUCACGAUCCGUGUUGCGUGAUUUUUUUCUCAUAAAUUUAUACCAAAUCAAUCAGCAUUUUCUUAGAAUUAUACAUGUUUCUGUUUUUAAAUUUUUGAAAAAUAACUAUUUCCUGUUAUUUAUGUUAAAUAAAAUAAAUUAAAUGUUAAUUUAUUUAAUUAUGUUAAUUAAAUAAAUUCAAUUUUAAAAAACCUAUAAACGGACAAAUGUGUAGUGACUUACUUAAUUAUUGACUUAGAGAAAAAAUCUAUUUAAUUAUCCUAAACUAUCAUAUAUACCGUUUUCGUUGGCAGCAUUUUAUUACAUAAAAGGUUCAAGAUUCAGAUCUUGCAUGAAUUUUGGGUCACUCUUUAUAAUGCUUAAUAUAUGUUAUGAAAAUGUAGUGCUCUGUUCUGUAUAAUAUAUGAAACAAAAUUAUGCUUUGAAAGAAAAAUAAAACAUUUCAUAGUAGUUUAAACAA